UUGAUACAAAUGGCUUUUUUAGUAACUGAUUUUCUAUUUAAUUACGUCAAAGUAAUAAAACAUGCUCGGAUACAAAGAAAAAGAAACAAUACAAAAUGGAAUAAUGGAAGGGAUGAUUCAAGAAUUGUAGGAGAAAAGAUUUAUAAGGAUGAGAAACAUGAAAAAUUGAUCAGACGUUUGAAAAUAAACAAGUACAUUUGACUAAUUAUUUAAUACCAAGUUGCCAAUCUAAAUUUCAACGCUAGUUUAGAAUGGAAAAAAUUAAAGCAGAUUUGAAGAAGGAUUCAUUGGAUUACGAAAGUAGUGGAGAUGCUGAUUCUAAAAAAAUAUCAGUAGAAGCUUUCUUCGCAGCAUCAAUCAUUUUUGUGACUGGAGCAACAGGUUUUCUUGGUAAAGCUUUGGUUGAGAAAUUAUUAAGGUCAUGUUCCAAAAUAUCGACCAUCUAUAUACUGAUCCGAUCAAAGAAAAAACUUUCCUUGGACGAGAGGUUCAAAUCUUUGUUAAACAAUUCGGUAUUCGAUAGAAUUCGACAAGAAUGUCCGGAAGUACUUAGUAAAAUAGUGCCAAUGAUGGGGGAUAUUAGUCAACCGAAUCUUGGAUUGAGUGACCAUGAUCGUUUGUUGUUGAUACAAAAUGUCAAUAUAGUAUUUCAUAGUGCAGCUACUGUACGAUUCGAAGAACCACUCAAAGUUGCAAUUACUCUAAACACACGUGGUACACAAAGGAUUGUCGAACUAUGCUCCGAAAUGAUGAAUCUUGUUAGUUUCGUACAUGUCAGUACAGCAUAUAGUAAUGCCGACUUGAAAGAAAUUGGCGAGAUCAUUUAUGACACUAAAAUAACACCAGAGAUCGCCAUGGACAUGGCUGACAAUCUUGACGAUGAGUUGUUGAAUUCCUUAGAAGCUAAACUUAGAGGAGAUCAUCCAAAUACCUAUACCCUCACAAAAGGUCUAGCGGAGAUGUUGAUAUUCAAGAAGAAGCUCGGUUUUCCUGUGGCAAUUGUUCGACCCAGUAUUAUUGGAGCAGCUUGUCAAGAACCUUUUCCCGGCUGGAUAGAUAACACUACCGGUAUCACAGGAGUUAUGUUAGAAUCUAGUUGUGGAAGGGUUAGAAGCUCUCUAGUCGAUAACAAAUGUAUUAUUGACAUGAUACCCGUGGAUUAUGCUGUUGAUACUGUCAUUUGUGCUGCUUGGCGAACUCUAAUACAACCAUAUAAUUCUAUUCAAGUUUACAAUUAUGUUAGUGGUGCAUUAAAUCCAUUAACAUGGAAACAACUCGGAGACUUGAUAAAUAAAUAUUUCAUCAUAUACCCUUCUAAAUAUGCUGUUUGGUAUCCAGGAAUUAGUUUUACUAAAAAUGUUUACCUCCACAAACUAUAUGUCGUAUUGUUCCAUCUUUUUCCGGCUUAUGUGGUUGAUUUAAUUCUUAUAUAUGAAGGCAACAAGCCUAUGAUGGUUAAUCUUGCAAAAAAAGUUAAUCGUGUAGCAGAAUCUGCCCGAGUUUUCUGCACAAAUGAAUGGCAAUUUAGCUGUAAUAAUGUUCAAUACUUGAUUGAAUUAUUAAAAACAGCAUCGGAUAAAGAUAAUUUUCAUCUAGAUGUUCGAGAAAUUGAAUGGGAUAAUUACAUACAAAAAUAUAUUUUAGGUAUGAGGCAAUACCUUCUGAAAGACACUCCAGAAACAUUGCCAAAGGCGAGAAAUCAAAUUAGAAAGUUCUAUUGGAUCCAAAAAUCUAUUCAAUUCAUAAUUAUAUUAAUUUUGUGGUUAUUAAUUUAUUAAUAACAUAUCAAAUUAGUACAAAAAUUUUUUUAUUACUUCUAAUACCA